UCGCUAAGUAACACCAACUCAAGCCAAUGUGUUUGUUUUACGGAUCAGAGCUAACGCAAUGAGACAGAUACUGAGCAAAGCGGUUUUCCAUGCAUGCUGCCAUCCCUGUCAAGUCACCCACCUGACUCAUUAUUAUUUUUUUUGCAUCACUUCCUGCUGCACGAAAAGUGCUUAACGUUAACUUCAUCUGUAGUCUGAAAAGAAAAGGAAAAAAAAAAAAAAACCGGGGAGAAUCACAUGUACUGAAAAGGAAGCCACCGCUCACUUUUAAAAUGGACGUUUAAAAAAAAAAGAUGGUCGGGUGGUUCGCUAACAUUUUCAGUAAGGUGGAAUCCUGAAGACUUCAGAAUGAGGAUAGCUCCACCCCAUCCUAAGUAUUUCUCUUGGACCUGUAUAGUCCUCCGUAGGAAGGAAGCUUUCCCAGCUGUUAUCCUUGUUUCUUUUUUUUGAUGACCCGUGCUUUGUGGGAAACCCAUUUCUGGAAAAAUAGAGGUCGACUUCAAUAGGGCCUGAGGAGAGAUUUUUCUAGAGCUGUUUUAUCCAAGCUUUGCCUUUUGUAAAAUUUUCCAGAUUUUUCCUUAAAAGAAGCCGGGGGGGGGAUAAGGAGCAGGCUCCUGUUUCUAGAACAAUCAACGGCUUCACAUUUUAGAAUUUUUUUUUUAAUUCAACAUGCCUUUCCAACUUCCUGCCUUCCCCUCCCAAAACAAAAUGCUGCUGAAGAUGGUUAGAUGAGACUAAUUCAAUAUAUAUGUUUUAAGUAUUUUCUUUAUUAUAUCAUUCUUAUUUUUCAAUUUCAAAUUCUGUAAACUGCGUGACCAUGCUGUUGUCCAAGGGGAGGUACUUGAUGCUUUUCGUAUGCGUGCAGAUGGUAGUUAUGGCCUUGAUGUAUCGCGAGGGCUACCGAAAACGGGUAGCAUAUUUCCUGGGCGUAUUUCGGAAAGGCGGGACUCCUGCAGCCAUCGCCCAAGGGAACCUCACCCACCCUGGGGACGUCUAUGCCAACCUGAGCCUCAUCGUCAAACCCUCCUUGCGCGAGGAAGAUCUGCCAUUCUGUCCGGAGAAAUCGCCCCUGAUCAGCGGUCCAUUCAGGGUAACGUUCCCUCCUAUGCUGACCAUGGCCGAGGUGGAACAGAAAAACUUGUUUGUGAGUGCCGGGGGACAGUACAAGCCGCCGGACUGCGAGUCAACCCAUCGCACGGCCAUCAUCAUCCCUCACCGGAACAGAGAGCACCACCUGAAAUACCUUCUCUACUUCCUCCACCCCUUCCUGCAGCGGCAGCAGCUCAACUAUGGCAUCUACGUCAUCCACCAGGCUGGGAAUUACACGUUUAACCGGGCCAAGCUGCUCAACGUGGGCUUCAAGGAGGCGAUGAAGGACGAGGAUUGGAGCUGCAUGUUCUACCACGACGUGGACCUCAUACCGGAGGACGACCGGAACCUCUACACCUGCGACAAGUACCCCAAGCACGCCUCCAUCGCCAUGGACAAGUUCAGAUACAAGCUGCCUUACAAGACCUACUUCGGAGGAGUGUCUGCCUUGACCCCGGAGCAGUACAUGAAGAUUAAUGGCUUCCCAAACAACUACUGGGGCUGGGGAGGUGAGGACGAUGACAUUGCAAUCAGGGUGGCGCUCAGUGGCAUGCUUAUCUCACGACCCUCUAUACAGGUGGGGCGCUACAAGAUGAUCAAACACGAGCAUGAUAAAGGCAAUGAAGAGAACCCCAAAAGGUUUAACCUGUUGGCGAAGACGAGACGCACUUGGAAACAGGAUGGAAUGAACACGAUGGAAUACAUAGUGCUUUCUAAAGAGCUGAGACCUCUCUACACUAACAUCACCGUGGACAUUGGCACGGAAAAAGGGUUCCAUCCCAAAACGUGAACCGGCCUAUAGGGCGGUGCCAUACUCUAUUCAACCGCUUGAGGACACCUCUCCUCUCAUCACGUUUUGAUACAAAAAACAACUCCGAUUCCUUGAAACUUUACAGGCACUUUAAUUGAAACACAAUAACGACAGACCAGAGUCUUUUUUUCCAUGGUAGAAACGCCUUUUUUAUUUGUAUUUACAUUGG